AUGGUAUCGUCCGACCCAAUGACCGGCAAGAAUGUGCAGCAUGAUGAGCACCUUUCAGCGAAUCAUCAUGUCACUGUCGAGGAAGUCGUUGCAAUGGCGACAGGUGCGGACCAAACCAAGUAUUCUCUCUGGACUUUGAGUAUGCUCCGCUUGUACGGCUGCUUGGUAAUCGGAUACCUCUGUGCGACUGUGAAUGGAUUUGACGGCGCAGUCAUGGGUGGAAUUAAUGCCAUGGUCUCCUACCAGAAGUACUUUCACAUGGCGUCUGCAUCGUCGAGUACCGGCAUCAUUUUUGCGAUUUACAGCAUCGGAACCGCAUGUGCUGCCCCAUUCGUCGGACCAGUCAAUGACCGUUGGGGGAGACGUGCUGGUAUGUUCGUCGGGGGAUUGUUUAUCCUAGUUGGGACUGCUGUCGCUUCUCGAGCAAUCAAUCAUGGGAUGUUCAUGGGCGGACGGUUUAUCCUGGGAUUUGGAGUAUGCUUCGUCAACGUUAGCGGGCCCGUCUACGUCGGCGAAAUGGCUCACCCUGUUUGGCGCGGUCCCUUGUCUGGACUGUACAAUUGCUUCUGGUACAUUGGCUCCAUCGUUGCCGCCUGGGUCGUCUAUGGUGCCAAGACUCUGGAGAACGGAUGGCGCAUUCCGCUAUAUUGUCAGUUCAUUGCAAGCGGUGUUGUUGUACUGUUCGCCUGGUUUUUGCCCGAAUCUCCACGAUGGCUUGUUAGCCACGGCCACCUGCAAUCCGCGAGAAAGGUUCUCGCACGGUAUCACGGGGAAGGUGACCUGGAACAUCCUUUGGUUAACCUUCAAAUGACCGAGAUGCAAUAUCAGGUUUCAACCGAAGGAUCGGACAAGAGAUGGUGGGACUACAGAGAGCUUUGGAAAACGAGAGCUCACAGGAAUCGCCUGGUAUGUGUGUUGUCAAUGGCGGUCUUUGGUCAGUGGUCUGGAAACUCCUCAACCAGUUAUUAUCUUCCGGUCAUGCUCGAAAAUGCGGGCAUCACGUCGCAGAGCAGGAAGUUGCUUCUUAAUGGUAUAUAUGCUCCUCUCUGUUUUGUCGCGUCGGUUUCUAGAUCAAUGUUCCUCGACAAAGCGGGCAGAAGGCCACUGCUCAUGAGCAGACUUGUCGGCUGUAUCAUUUGUUUCACAAUCAUCACACCUCUGUCCAAGGUGGCCGAUCAAGAUCCCUCGAACUCGGCCGCCGCCAAUGCGAGUAUCGCAUUUAUCUAUCUGUUCGGUAUUACCUUCUCCUUUGCAUGGACUCCAAUUUCUCCAAUGUAUGUUGUGGAAUGUUUGGAUACCCACACCCGCGCGAAGGGCAAGUCGAUGGCACAGUUUUUCACCGCGUGCGCCUCCGCCAUUAUCCAGUACUCAUCCGGCCCAGCUUUUCAACAUAUCAAGUACUACUUUUACAUUGUUUUCAUUGGAUGGGACUUGUUCGAGCUUGCGUUCAUUUAUAUGUUCUGGCCCGAGACCAAGGACAGAACUCUGGAAGAGUUGGAAGAAGUCUUCCAAGCAAGCAGGCCAGUCAAGCGGAGUCUGGAGCCUAGAAGCUCUCAAACCGUUCUGAAUACAGUGCACGUUGAUGCGAAGCCCGUGACGGAUGGAAUAGUCUAA